UUCGCUGCGCGACAGGCCGGGAGAGUGCUCCAGGGUCACCACUCUGUCAUCAUGGCAACCUCGUUCCACCUGCGUCUCAUCCGACACGGCGAAACGGACGCCAACGUGCAGGAACUGGUCGAGGCGCAUACGCCCACGCCGCUCAACGCCACCGGGCGGCGCCAGGCCGAAGCUUUGGGUGCCGCCUUGGCCGCUGAGGGCGCCACGUUCGUGCUGGUGGUCAGCAGCGACACGCAGCGGGCACGUGAGACGUGUGAGCGCGCGCUGGGGACGGCCGUCGCCGCCUCGGCACGACUCGAGCCGCUCGUGCGCGAACGUGAGAGCGGCCCGUUGCACGGGCUGACGUACGCCGAGGCGACGCGUCUUCAAGCGGAGGCGCGCAGCUCGGGCCAGCCGCUCGCUGGUCUCGAGUCGGUGGCCGACGCCCGGAAGCGCGCCGCCACCUUCUUCGAGCGGCUGGUGCGCGAGAUGACGGACGACGGAGGCAGCGGUGGCAGCGGCAGCGGCGGCGGUGGCGAGGUGGUCGUGUUCAGCCACGCUGGGUUGAUCCACCUGCUGCUGCUACACCUGCAGCAGCAGCACGGCCUGCUGCUGCUGCAGCGCCACCUGACGGCCGGCCCCCAGCUACACUUCAGCUGGAACACGGGUCAGACGCGGCUGCUGGUGCGCCGGGGCGAGGCCGGCGAGCUGACCGUUGAGUGCGAGUACCUGCACCGGGACGACCACCUGACGGCCGGCCUUGCGCCCAGCUCCUACCUCAUGCAGGACGGUAGCCGCCAGCCACGUGACGGCGUGGACGCGGCCGCGCAGCCGAUCACGCACAGCCUGGUGUGACCGCCGUGACGUCACAGACCGGAGUCGACGCGCCAGCAAUAGGCAGCCAGGGGUGGUCCGGCGCCCGGGCAGGACGCAACGGCGGCUGGCGAGCGGCGGAGGCCACCAAUCAGACCUGGACCGAAGCGAUACAUCCAUACUCACUGAGACCAUCCAACGCAGAGAUUAUGGACACCAGACCUCGUUGGAGUCUCGUGUCAGAUGGGAUAGGGACUAUAGGUGAUGUUUAGCAGUGGUGAUGUACCCUCCGAAAUAUCGGAACGGAGGCGAACGUUUUUCUUACACAGAUCUUUUGUACAACACGAUAGUGGUGCUAGGACCUGUCGGUUCG